GCCUGUUGGACUCGACGACAAAGUGGACAUCAACAGGCUCAGUUUGCCCUCCAACUUUGGAGACGUCCAUCACGAAGUUGACGCCGGCCGCAGUUGGGAUGGGCUUUUGCGGCGACGGGCUGCUGAAGUUGGCCAAGUAAUGUGAGCCGGCAGACGCAUGUCGCGGAUCAGGACCACACUGGACAGCGUCACCAAGGCAGUAGGAAGCACAGACCUCAUCUCCAAGUUCUCCCGCCUCAAGCCUGGCUCGCCUGUGGUGGACGGCGCCCAUGCGGAAAAGGUUCUGGUCAAAGCCGAGAAGGUCGCAUCGAAGGACCCGGAUGUUUCGCUGCCUCCCGAAGCCACCGUAGGAGAUGCAGAUGGUGAGAAAUGUGUAGCAGAAGAUGACAAAAAAGGAGCACAAGUUUCAGAAAAUCCCUUUGUUGCCGCCAAGAAUUCCAGCGCCACUUCUGAGGUGUCUGCACCCAUCUCAUCCUUAAAGCACACACCGCAGCUUUUCCACCCAACCAACAUGGACGAGACCUACAAGACUUUAGCUCAGCACAUCAACAGUUACUUUUGCAUGGGCACGCAGGGGGAAGAAGGCGAAUGCAAGCCCCAGCAACACUGUCAGCCAAUUCCUCACAAAAGUGCAGACCACAUGCCAGUUUUCUCUCCAAUAGCAGCGUCCAAGAGCAUCGAUACACCUGCUACCUCUCAUCCAUCGGAAGACCUCAGUCACCCUGAAGCUAAAGUGCCAUCUGGCACUCCUGCAACAGAAAGCACGGCUCCAUCUGUCCCGGUUCUGACCACCUCCCCCAAAAAAGGCUUCACCCACUAUCUAUCCUACCCUCGUCCAAGUGUUCAAGCUUUUGUGGGAAACUACAUCGCUCCAUUGGUGCCCAAAUUCCGAGGGGAUGGUAAAAGCGUUGAGAAAGGCAAACUCCCAGCCGCCGGUGUAGUGGAGGCUUCUGUGGAGAAGGUGGAAAGUGAAGAUCAGGUUAAUGAGGCCAAGCAGCAGCAGCUUUUGGCUCAAAGGGAGAAGAUAAUAGCCAGGGUGAGUGUUGACAACAGGACCAGAGCCCUUGUGAAAGGCCUCCAGAGAGUCAAUGACGUCCAGCUCCUAACCAGUCGAGUGGAGGAACUCAACUGUCACCUGCUGGAGUUCCCUGAGACGCCCGGCGUCGCCAUCAAGGAGAAAGCUAUACCAUGCCUGCUGCGUUUACGUCAGGCCACAGACCUCCGCCUUCAGGCUGCUGUGAGAGAGUCACUAGCUCUGGUCGGCUACACAGAGCCGGUAAAAGGGAGAGGAAUCCGGGUCCUGGCUAUAGAUGGAGGAGGGACAAGAGGACUUCUGGCCCUGCAGACACUCCUCAAACUGGAGAACCUGACUGGAAAACGAGUCCACCAACUCUUCGACUACAUCUGCGGAGUCAGCACAGGUGCCAUCCUGGCUUUCAUGCUGGGGAUUUUUCAGAUCCCCUUGGAAGAAUGCGAGCAGAUGUACAGGAAGUUGGGCUCGGACGUCUUCAAGCAGAACGUCAUCGUCGGGGCCGUCAAGAUGGGCUGGAGCCACGCUUUCUACGACAGUGAAAUUUGGGAAAGCGUCCUAAAGGAACGAAUGGGUGAGGGGUGCAUGAUAGAAAGUGCCAGAGAUCCAAACUGUCCCAAAGUGUCAGCAGUGAGCACCCUGGUGAACAGGGGCCUGCCUCUGAAGGCCUUUGUGUUCAGGAACUACAGGCUCAUGCCAGGGGUGAGGUCGCACUACCUUGGAGACUGCAAAUACAAAAUGUGGCAAGCCAUCAGGGCGUCGUCUGCAGCGCCAGGCUACUUCCAAGAAUACGUGCUCGGGAAAGAUCUCCAUCAGGAUGGAGGCCUCCUGAUCAACAACCCCACAGCGUUGGCCAUCCACGAGUGUAAGUGCCUCUGGCCCAACACGCCGCUGCAGUGCGUGUUGUCCCUUGGCACCGGACGGCACGAGGUGGCGGGGAAAAACGGCACCACCUACACCAGCCUCAAAGCCAAGCUAACCAACGUCAUCAGCAGUGCCACCGAUACAGAAGAGGUGCACACCAUGUUGGACGCCCUGCUUCCACCGGACACCUACUUCCGCUUCAACCCUUACAUGAGCGAGGACGUGCCGCUGAACGAGAGCCGCGUGGACAAGCUGAACUUCCUCAUGGGCGAGGGCGAGCGCUACCUGGAGCGCAACGACGGCAAGCUCCGUAAGGCCGCCGGCGUGCUGACUAAGGAGAAGGGCAGCAUCCAGAGACUGGCAGAGUGGGCCAAACUUAAGGCCGACAUGUACGAGGGCCCCCCCUUCACCUCCAAACUCUAACUAGGAUGGUAAGGUCAUGCCCCAUACACACAUAAAGACAUUGGUCCUCAUUUACUAAUAAACGCGUAAAAAUGUUCUCAAUCGGCGCACCAGUUGCGCGCAUAUGCAAAAUCCCCGUCAGAUUCAUAACACGUGCGAACCGAACAAUUAUCUUGGCACCACCGUACGUCUGUUAAUAAAUCAGAAUUCAUUCUACAUGAUGCGCUCGUGCCCACAACGUGCAAUCUGAAAAAAAUAGAUAAAUCAGAUUAUCCUAAGGAUUAGAAAGAAUACUGAAGACUUUGGAAAACUAGGAAAUGCGAACGGUCUGAUCACACUUCCCUUACUGAGGAACAACGAAGCGGCCACAGAUUAAAAAAAACAAAACGUCAUACCUAUUAUCGUAUUUUGUAUACAGGUAAGUGGGUUGCCCAGAUAGCAAGAAGUAUUUCCCACAGCGCAACACACCCGGAAGUGUUUGUUCUUCUUCGUUUCUGUUAGAUGACAUGAAAUCGUGUGAGAUUUGUUGCCUUGGAGGGCUUGUUUCGAGAUCGGUGGCAGAACAGAAUUUUUAUGUUGAGAUUAUUGGAGCACACCACACAGUACGACCAAAACUGAAAAAAAAAAUGCCUGUUUUUGUUUUGUUUGUUUGUUUGUUUUUUUUAAUCAUCAUGUGUUGAGUAAUUCGCAGAUAAAAAAAUCUUUUAAGAUUUGAAAAAUCCUUGUGUGUGUACCAGGCCUACGACGAGUUUCUUCAGGAGUAAAUUGUACAGUUCAUUUGGUUGGCAUGUAGACAGUUUUGCAAUGAAUUGCCAUAUGAUGUUUACAUUCUUUCAUAAUGAUCUACUUGAAAAAUUAUUUUAACAUAGGCAAUAUGUUAACCACUGGCAUGCAUUGACCAUCCAUGUUCACACAUUAUGAUGAGACGUUUGUAGCUGGAAGGUGCGGGCUUUAUCGUCAUUGAUGUAUUAUGAAAAAAUAAAUGUUUGAUUAGUGACUUUAAUACAUUAAGCUACAAUAUUGCACAUUAAGGACAUCUUUUUUUUAUCAUUUCUAAUACUGCACAGGGAGGAAAACGACCUCAUGUACUUGGGAAUGGUUCUUUCUCAACCUCUGGAUGUGUAAAUAUUUGCUGUGCUGUUUAUUUAAAUCAAACUUGCACUUUUAGGCUUUUUCAGUGGUUGUGGUCAUAUGAACCAUUUCACAGUGUGGGGAGUAUGUUAAAUAUACAGUACUCCAGUUUUACGUAAAACAGGUGCACACUGCAGCUAUACCUUUUAACCACAAGCAUCUUUUUACAGUCACCUGCUCCAAGCAUCAUAAAGCACAAUAUGCAUUCAGACACCUGCGAAAAUUUGCUUGUUUAGGAUAAGCCUAUGGCUGCUUUAAUGCCAAUCCUGUGUAGUUGAUUUGGAACUGGGAAUGCAGAGUUUUAAUCUCGCACGGGAGUAGAUGCAUUUUUCAUGAGUUUAGAGCAAGAUGGCAGUUAUUCUCCGUAUAGCUUUUAUUGAGAAACUUCUCGGACAAAUGAGCCUGAAUUGCUCAGUCAUGCAUGAUUUGACAACCCUUCAAUCCCAUCAUUGUCACUGUCAAACUUCAUGGAAUAAAAAAAAAAAAAAGUCAUAA